UAUUGUUUUGUUUCAGUCAGAAAUACGAAGACGUAAAAUAUAUACGAAGAGAUCUGUAAAGCUGGCAAAUGUAAUUUCAUUGUCACUCUGAGGACUUUUUUUUCUUAAAUUAUACACUCAAUCGCGGUCAUUUUAUUUCGUUUUCGGAAUAUUAAUCUCGAACAGUCGUCUUAAAAAAAAAAAAAAAAAACAUUUGGCUGCAUCAGUGGCGUGCCUAUUCCACGAGAUGGCAGCACAAGAAACAAGUUGGGGCUCGAACGCAUUUUAAAUAUUACACAUGGUAACUCGGAUGGAAAACGUCCUUUAUUAGUAUCCAGUUUGUAAGCAGGUUUCUUUCUUUCUUUCUUUUUUUUUAACCAAUAUGUAUUCCGGACGUUUUGGGAGCAAACGUCAAAAAUAAUGCGACGGAAAAUACGUCAUUAAAGGGGGACCCCGUAGACGCUCAUGAAUGGCUUCGAGUGAUGAAUUUCAAAAAAUCCCUUUGCCUGAAUCUCAGUUGGACUUUCCCGGCGACCCGUACUCGGUGUCGAUCCUGAAGGUGGGCUACAACAACCCGCAGCCCGACGGAACCUUCCGGGCCGACGGAACCGUGACGCUCGUCACGGCGGCGGACGGCAACAACAUUCUGGUUGACACCGGCGGGCCUUGGGACGGCGAUUUCCUCGUGGAAUGCCUCCGAAAAAAGGGGCUGCGGCCCGGGGACGUCCGCCUGGUCGUGGGGACUCACGGACAUUCGGACCACAUCGGGAACCUCAAUCUCUUCCCGUCCGCCGACGUCAUCGUGGGUCAUGACGUCAGUCGAGGGGACGUCUAUCGGCCCAAUCGGCUGUCGCUGGGGCACGCGCACGUCGUGGACGAGCACGUGCGCGUGGUGCCCACCCCCGGCCACACCGGGCAGGACGUGAGCGUCCAGGUGAAGGGGACCUCGGCGGGUACGGUCCUGGUGGCGGGGGACCUCUUCGACUGCUGCCGGGACGAGGACACGUGGCGCUCGCUGAGCCUCGACCCCGCCGCGCAGGAGGCGAGCCGCGGGGAGGCGCUCCGGACCGCCGACGUCAUCGUGCCGGGCCACGGCCUCCCCUUUCGGGUCCUUCGAAACUCCUGACGGGAGGAGACGCUGUGCAGAUUAUUAUUAUUCCCACCACAGAUAAGAUAAGAUCAUGCUACUCACAUGUUUGUUAUCAACCAACAAAUUCAACUUUUUCCAUUUGCGCUCUACAACAUCGUGACAGUUAAUAUGACCCCCCCCCACCCCCCUGCACCCAUCUGACCUUUCAGAGUGGUAGUGCCAGGCACGGGGAGGGGGGGGGGGGGUGUUUGUCACCUGUCGGGUUUGGACCCCAACACACCCUAACGUCUUGAUAAGAUCAUCAAAUUGCAUGCGCAGCGGUCGCAUCUUGCGCCAUAAAGGCCAUAAAACUAAAAGGUGCUUGUUGCUUUUUGGCGCUUUCGGUUCAACCCCCAAGUUCUAAAACCGAGUCCGGGAGUGCCACAAACUUGUUUAAAGUUGACUUUUUUUCUUUGCAUGAAAUGUAGAAUUUGAAAUAAAUGACUAUUUUCCUCCUAA